AUGAAGCUCAACAUCUCUUACCCGGCCAAUGGGUCGCAGAAGAUCAUCGAGGUUGACGAUGAGCGCAAGCUCCGUCCCUUCAUGGAGAAGCGCAUGGGAACCGAAGUUGUCGGCGACUCCCUCGGUGAUGAGUUCAAGGGUUACCUUUUCAAGAUCACCGGUGGUAACGACAAGCAAGGUUUCCCCAUGAAGCAGGGUGUUCUCCUUCCCACCCGUACCCGUCUCCUCCUCGCCGAUGGCCACAGCUGCUACCGCCCCCGCCGCACCGGUGAGCGUAAGCGCAAGUCUGUCCGUGGUGCCAUCACCGGUUUCGAUCUCGCCGUCCUGGCCCUGAGCAUCGUCAAGCAGGGUGAGGGUGAGCUGCCCGGUCUCACCGACACUGUCGUCCCCAAGAGACUCGGCCCCAAGCGUGCCACCAAGAUCCGCCGUUUCUUCGGUCUCGACAAGAAGGACGACGUCCGCAAGUUCGUCAUCCGCCGUACCGUCACCAAGGAGGGCAAGCCCGAGUACACCAAGGCCCCCAAGAUCCAGCGUCUGGUUACCCCCCAGCGUCUCCAGCGCAAGCGUCACAGGAUCGCCAUCAAGCGCCGCCGCUCUGAGGCUGCUCGCGAGGCUGCUAACGACUACGCUAAGCUCCUUGCCAACCGUGUCCACGAGGAGAAGGCCAAGCGUGAUGAGCUCCGCAAGCGGAGGGCCUCUUCUAUGAGGAAGUAA